AUGCAGACCAGGAUAAUUCCUGCCGGAUCUUCACCAUAUGCUACCCAGCCCUGUUCUCAAUCGGAGCUAUCGAAACCUACCAAUACAGGUAUGAUCAUGCUCUUCCUGUGCGGUGAGGGUUCUGUAUUCGACCAGAAGGAGCUAACCUGCGUGGAGGAAUCAACCGCCAUCCCUUGCCAAGAAUCCUCCAGUUAUUACUACAGGAAUGAAGAAUUCGUUGCUCCAACCUGGAAGGUAGAGCCAGAGGAUGCGUCAGUGGUUGUUGGAGAAGACCUGUUGCUGCCUUGUGCCGCCAACGGGUCUCCGACGCCCACGAUCACUUGGCGCAGGGCGGAAGGCGCUGUUCCAAGGCAAUACCGCCCUGUGACUUCCCUUGGAGAUAAUGUCAGAGUGAGUUCCAACAGCAGCCUCAUAGUGCAGAACAUUAAGAGGAACCAGGGAGGAGAGUUUCUGUGCAGUGCUUCGAAUGAUGUCGGGUCAGACCUUUCUAAAUCUAUAAGAGUUACUGUAAGAGUCACAUGCACUAGUUAUAACGACACAAGAACAGGCUAUCUGGCGGUGCUGAGGGUGACCCUCCGGCCUGGCCCCGGAGAGGCAGAAACCGGGUCGGCUCGUCGAGGUGUGAGGGAGAAUGAGAAUGAGAUCCUUGAGUCAGCUUGA